GCAGCAGUAGGAAGAGGAGUUGAAUCAACAUACGUACAUCCACAUUUCUCCUCUUCAUCCAACAAAACUGGAAUAAUUAAUAUUUUGAUCAUCACAACACAUGAUAUGCUUCAUCAUCAAUCAAUUUUAUUCUUCAUCAUGAUCAUCAUAAUUCAUUUUCAGUUAUUAUUAUCAUACAAUUAUAACUAGCGAAAGAAAUAGGAUUUAGUUAUCCUAUUCCAAAUUAAAUGGCGAGCUUGACAAAUCAGUCAUCCAAGAAAUCAAUGAAAGCCCCCGGCGGUGGGUCUCAGGCCAGCAAAGGCUCCGUCGGCCAAACUGUGAAAUUCGCUCGAAGAACUUCCAGCGGCAGAUACGUCAGCCUUUCCAGAGAAGACCUUGACAUGUCCGGAGAAUUCUCCGGUGACUACAUGAACUACACCGUUCACAUCCCUCCCACCCCCGAUAAUCAGCCCAUGGAUACAUCCGUUGCUACCAAAGCUGAGGAGCAAUACGUCUCCAAUUCUCUCUUCACUGGGGGGUUCAACAGCGUCACCCGCGCUCAUCUCAUGGACAAGGUUAUCGAUUCUGAGGUCAGUCACCCCCAGAUGGCAGGAUCCAAGGGCUCCUCAUGCGCCAUGCCCGCUUGUGAUGGAAAAGUCAUGAAAGACGAGAGGGGAAACGAUGUCAUCCCCUGUGAAUGCAGGUUCAAAAUCUGCAGAGAUUGCUACAUGGAUGCCCAAAAGGACACUGGUUUGUGUCCAGGAUGCAAGGAGCCAUACAAAGUUGGUGACUACGAAGAUGAAAUACCAAACUACUCCAAUAGCGCUCUCUCUCUACCCGGCCCAGACGACGCCAAGAGGGGUCGCAACAACAAUAUGUCCAUGACGAAGAGAAAUCAAAAUGGAGAGCAGUUCGACCACAACAAAUGGUUGUUUGAAACACAAGGCACUUACGGAUAUGGCAAUGCCUAUUGGCCGCCAGAUGAUGUGUAUGGGGACGAUGGUGAUGGGGGAGCUCAAAAAGGCGCCUUAGAAUCAGGGGAUAAACCUUGGAGGCCUAUUACCCGAGUUAUAGAUAUUCCAGCUAGCAUUAUCAGCCCUUACAGGUUGUUGAUUGUCGUCAGGCUUGUUGUAUUGGGCUUCUUCUUGACCUGGAGAGUAAGACAUCCAAAUAAUGAAGCCAUAUGGCUUUGGUUGAUGUCAAUUGUUUGUGAGAUAUGGUUUGCUUUCUCUUGGAUUCUUGAUCAACUUCCCAAAGUGCAUCCAAUUAAUCGAGUGACCUACUUAGAUGUGCUUCGUGACAAAUUUGAAAUGCCAUCGCCAUCCAAUCCUACGGGGCGAUCCGACCUUCCAGGGGUAGACGUAUUUGUGUCCACUGCUGAUCCAGAGAAAGAACCACCCCUCGUGACAGCCAACACCAUAUUGUCAAUCCUAGCAGUUGACUACCCUGUGGAGAAAUUGGCUUGUUACAUUUCUGAUGAUGGGGGUGCACUUCUCACUUUUGAAGCAAUGGCUGAGGCAGCAAGCUUUGCUGAUUUAUGGGUUCCCUUCUGUAAGAAACACGAUAUAGAACCCCGUAAUCCUGAAAGCUACUUUGCACUCAAGGGUGAUCCCACCAAGAACAAGAGCAGGCCAGACUUUGUCAAAGAUAGACGGAGACUUAAGAGGGAAUAUGAUGAAUUCAAAGUGAGGAUAAAUGGAUUACCUGAUUCCAUUAGGAGAAGAUCUGAUGCGUUCAAUGCCAGGGAGGAAAUGAAAAUGUUGAAACACAUGAGGGAGAGUGGGGCUGACACUUUGGAGCCAAUCAAAGUCCAAAAGGCUACUUGGAUGGCUGAUGGCACCCAUUGGCCGGGCACCUGGGCAACUCCGUCCCGUGAACAUGCCAAAGGUGACCACGCAGGAAUUCUCCAGGUGAUGUUGAAACCUCCAAGUAGUGACCCAUUGAUGGGAAGUACUGAGGACAAGCUUAUAGACUUCACAGAUGUGGACAUACGUUUGCCCAUGUUUGUGUAUAUGUCGCGUGAAAAACGUCCAGGCUACGACCAUAAUAAGAAAGCUGGUGCCAUGAACGCUCUUGUGCGAUCGUCAGCUGUGCUGUCGAAUGGUCCAUUUAUGCUCAACCUUGAUUGUGACCAUUACAUCUUUAACUGCAAAGCAGUUCGAGAAGGGAUGUGCUUUAUGAUGGAUAGGGGCGGUGAAGAUAUAUGCUACAUUCAGUUUCCUCAAAGAUUUGAAGGCAUUGAUCCAUCUGACCGCUAUGCGAACCACAAUACUGUCUUCUUUGACGGUAAUAUGCGAGCACUUGAUGGUCUCCAGGGCCCAGUUUAUGUCGGGACAGGCUGCAUGUUUCGAAGAUUUGCUCUUUACGGGUUUGAACCUCCUAAAGCUGACAAGAUAAAUGAAAAGGGUUCGGAGACCGAAGCUCUUAAGACAACUGACUUCGACCCAGAUCUUGAUGUAAAUUUACUACCCAAAAGAUUUGGGAACUCCACAGUGCUGGCUGAGUCGAUUCCCAUAGCUGAAUAUCAUGCUCGUCCAAUUGCGGAUCAUCCUGCAGUCAAGUAUGGAAGACCACCAGGCAUUCUUAGGGCCCCUCGUGAACCACUGGAUGCAACUACUGUAGCUGAAGCUGUCUCUGUUAUAUCUUGUUGGUACGAAGACAAGACUGAAUGGGGUGACCGUGUGGGUUGGAUUUACGGUUCGGUGACAGAAGAUGUGGUGACAGGGUACCGUAUGCAUAACCGUGGAUGGCGCUCCGUCUACUGCGUGACCAAGCGCGAUGCGUUCCGUGGAUCAGCUCCAAUCAAUCUCACAGAUAGGCUGCACCAGGUGCUUAGAUGGGCUACUGGGUCUGUUGAGAUAUUCUUCUCCAGAAACAACGCGUUGUUGGGUUCUACGAAGAUCAAAGUCCUGCAGCGCCUCGCUUAUCUCAACGUCGGCAUCUAUCCCUUCACAUCAAUAUUCCUUAUAGUCUACUGUUUCCUACCAGCUCUCUCACUCUUCUCGGGACAAUUCAUCGUGCAAACACUGGACGUUGCUUUCCUGGCAUUAUUGUUGACAAUAUCGCUUUGCUUGGUGGGAUUAGCAUUGCUGGAAGUGAAAUGGUCAGGUGUGGGACUAGAAGAGUGGUGGAGGAAUGAGCAAUUUUGGCUGAUCUCGGGAACGAGCGCACACUUGGCGGCAGUGGUACAAGGACUGCUGAAGGUGAUAGCAGGGAUAGAGAUAUCGUUCACAUUAACAUCAAAGUCAGCUGGAGAUGACGUCGAUGACAUAUACGCAGACUUGUACUUGGUGAAAUGGACAUCGUUGAUGAUACCACCAAUAGUGAUUGGGAUGAUAAACAUAAUAGCAAUAGUGGUGGCAUUUUCAAGAACAAUAUAUGAACAAGUGCCACAGUGGAGCAAGUUCAUAGGAGGCGCAUUCUUUAGUUUCUGGGUGCUGGCGCAUCUGUAUCCGUUUGCAAAAGGGUUGAUGGGGAGAAGGGGGAAGACACCGACCAUAGUGUUUGUAUGGUCAGGACUCAUUGCCAUUACACUCUCAUUACUGUAUGUGGCUAUCAACCCAGCUAGUAAUCAGGAUUCAAAUCUCACUACUGGUUUUACUUUCCCUUAAUUUAAUAUAUAAAUAUAUGCACAUUAUUUUCUCUUGCUUAA